AUGGAGCAGACCAAUGAGACCCUGGUGAGAGACUUUGUCUUCCUUGGCUUCUCGUCUCUGGCUGAGCUGCAGUGGCUGCUCUUUGUUGUCUUCCUGCUCCUCUACCUGUUCACCCUGGGCACCAACACCAUCAUCAUUUCCACCAUUGUUCUGGAUAGAGCCCUUCACACCCCCAUGUACUUCUUCCUCACAGUCCUCUCCUGCUCUGAGACCUGCUACACCUUCGUUAUUGUGCCCAAGAUGCUGGUUGACCUGCUGUCCCAGAAGAAGACCAUCUCCUUCCAGGGCUGUGCCAUCCAGAUGUUUACCUUCCUCUUCCUUGGCUGCUCUCACUCCUUCCUGCUGGCAGCCAUGGGUUAUGAUCGCUGCGUGGCCAUCUGUAACCCACUGCGCUACACAGUGCUCAUGGGACAUGGAGUGUGCGUGGGACUAGUGGCUGCUGCCUGUGCCUGUGGCUUCUCUGUCUCCCUGGUCACUACCUCCCUUGUAUUUCACCUGCCCUUCCACUCCUCCAACCAGCUCCAUCACUUCUUCUGUGACAUUUCCCCUGUGCUCAAACUGGCGUCUCACCACUCCCGCCUCAGUCAGAUGGUCAUAUUCAUGCUUGGUGUGUUUGUUCUGGUUAUUCCACUGCUACUUAUCCUGGUCUCUUACAUCCACAUCAUCUCUGCCAUUCUAAAAAUCCCAUCCUCUGUGGGAAGAUAUAAGGCUUUCUCCACCUGUGCCUCCCAUCUCAUUGUGGUAACUGUCCACUAUGGUUGUGCCUCUUUCAUCUACCUAAGGCCCAAGUCCAAUUACUCCUCAAGCCAAGAUACCUUGAUAUCUGUGUCUUAUACUAUCCUUACCCCAUUGUUUAAUCCGAUGAUUUACAGUCUGAGGAAUAAAGAGUUCAAAUCAGCCCUUCGAAGAGCAAUGGGCCAGACUUUAUAUCCUGACAGUUGA